AUGCCGUCGCCACCGUCCCCUGUUACGCCAGCACCGGCAACUCCGUUCCCGCCUCCUCCAGUGACUCCAGUACCACCAACGCCGUCCCUGCCAUCUCCAUCAACACCAGCGCCGUCAUUGCCUUCACCACCUUCUCCUGUGACGCCCGCGCCACCAAUGCCAUCCCCGCCUUCUCCGGUGACGCCGGUACCAACGCCCUCCCCGCCAUCUCCAUCCAUGCCGGCGCCACCAUUACCUUCACCGCCAUCUCCAUCGACGCCCGGACCACCAAUGCCGACGCCCGAGCCACCGAUGCCAUCCCCACCUUCUCCGGUGACGCCCGAGCCACCAAUGCCAUCUCCACCUUCUCCAUCCCCUCCUUCUCCUGCGACACCUGCGACACCAUUGCCAUCCCCGCCUUCUCCGGUGACGCCAGAACCACCAGUGCCGUCACCUUCCCCACCGGGUGUUCCAACCCCAACGAUACCACCAUCCCCGCCAACGACGCCAGUGCCACCACCCACACCACCAUCUCCACUUCGGCCAGAUCCUCCAGCGAAGCCCAUACUGCCGCCCUCUCCGCCUUCGGUACCACCAUCUCCUCCUGGCGUAACCCCGUCGCCACCAAGUGGCGGCCCUCCCUCACCACCUCCCCCGCCGUCACUCUCACCUCCGGCGCCUUCGUCAUCGCCAUCUCCACUGUCAUCGCCAUCUCCACUGUCAUCGCCGUCGACAUCGACUUCAUCCGGAACGGUGAUCGUCGUCUCCGUGGCCGUCGCAACAGUAGUCGUGCUCGGCCUCGUGGCCGGGCUUAUCUACUUCUGCACGAAGAAGCGCCGCCAACGCCGCGGCCGUGGUGGCCGCCGCCCAUCUCCGCCGGGUACGUAA